CCGCCAUGUUGACUGGCGGGAUCUCGCGAGAAACAAUAUGGAAGGUGCAAGCUCAUAAUUCUAAUUUUGGAUGAGCAUAAUUUCUAUUUUUGGAUAAUACAGAACGAUGGCAAGCGUAGAGGAAGACACGAGAACUUUGCCUGAACUAUUUGCAGAAGUUUUAAAAAUUUAUAAUUAUUUAGAUACUUGUGACGACCCUACCAUUUCAGAAAAAUAUCAGGAUGAAGUAUAUAAGGGUGUAAAGUCAUGUCAUCAAGCUAUUAAGAUGGUCAAUCAAUUAGAAUUAUUUAGUAACAAUGAAAGUAUAGAAGAAGUAGCAACUAAUGAAAUAAAGUAUAUGCUGUUAUCAGCAUUGCUAGGUUACCUAACUUUAAAAUCAAUUAAAGAAAGUCGAAUUAAUCUUCUACAUAGGUCAAAGGGUUUUUAUACAGAUUAUUUAAAACUAUGUAAAUCAUACGGUGUGGCCGGUGUACAGAUACCUGAUAUAGAGGAGGAGGAGGAGGAGCGGGAGGAGGAUGGGGAUCAAAAUAAACAAAUAGUUACAGCUGGUGCAUCAAGGGGUCCAGAUUUACGAGCAAUGAGUUGUCAACGUCAAUCAAAAAUAGAGAGAUUUAAACAAAAACGUGAUAUUGAGACCAAAUUAAAAGAUCUGCGGGGUAAAGUCGAGCAAGAAGAUGUCGAUGAUGAAAUAAAGAGAGAAUAUUAUUUAACUAUGUUAAAUGAAUGGAGUUCCACAAGUAUAGAAGAAAUUGACAGUAUUAAUUUUGAAAUACCAGUUUUAGAACAUAGUAAUAAAAUGAAGGAACGGGAAGGUAAAGGUCCAAAACUACCACCAACUAAACCAAAAUCACAGCCGCUCCGUCCUUUUAUAUUAACCAAAGAUUUACUGCAGAAACAAGUUUUUGGGGCUGGAUAUCCUAGUAUAGCUACUAUGACUAUAGACGAGUUUUACCAGCAGAAAGUAGCAGAAGGGGAUUUUCACGCUCCAGGUUCUGAAUGCCAAGGAUACAGUAUGCAGAAUCUUGCUGCUGACCCAGAACAGGAUAAAAUAGCUCUAGAAAAUGAAACCGAAGAAAAGGAGAAUUUAAUUGAGCAAGAUGAUCCGGAUGAGUUAUUACGAGUUAGGAAUAUGGAUGAAUGGAAAGAUGAUCACAGAAGAGGUUGGGGAAACAGGAAGAAUAGAAGUUGAAAAUAAAUAGAUGAGAGAGAUGGAACAAAACAGGACACA